UCAACUAAUCUCAAUUUCUCUCUCUAUCUUUCUCUCUCUCUGUGUAAUUUUUUUCUGUGUGUUGGUUCCAUGGCAGAUCAUUCACGGCCCACAUCUCAUGAGUUUUGCAGCAGUUUUGGCUUUGGAAGUGUGUGUAAAGUUUGUAAAUCCUUCGUCUCAAUUUUAUCUCCUAAGAAGACACAUAAUCAACAACAUAAAGAUCAAAAGCCCAAAUCCAAUAUCCUCCAAGAUCAUCACCACAAGGUUAGUGUAAAGAAAAGCAGUGUUGAUGAAGCCAUAGAUGACAUUGAAGAAUUUAGAUAUAAACACAAUGAAGGAGCACAAGGAGGCGGCCGACUUAAUAAUAAUAAACACCAAAGCAACGAACAUUAUUACUACACAAGUUCUCCAAUUUCAAGUCCUCCUGGUUCAAGAAACACUAGCCCUUCUCGACUCUCCAGGACUAUUUCUCGAAUUUUUCGGACCACAAGCGUAAAAAAUCACAACUUUGUUCAUUCCAGUAACGGCAGUGGUGGUGGUGGUGCUAGUGGUGGCAGUACUGGACCGGCAUUCACGGGCACACUUUCGCGUAAUGCCAGUCGUACGCAUGAUAGUCAUGUUGACAUGACUACUCAUGCAGCUCCAAAAACCUUUUCGCGGAGUGUGAGCCUACGGAAUGGUGGUGGGGAAACACCCACAGCCUCAACAACAUUACCAGCCUCGUUCUCGCAUAAUGCUAGCCGGAGGAGCUCAACUCCGAUAAUGUUUUCCAACUCUACUGGAUUGGUAAAGCCACCACCUACGGAAAUGACACUUGAGUGCACCCUAGAGGAGUUGUGCUUUGGGUGCGUUAAGAAGAUGAAAGUUACAAGAGAUGCAAUUACAGAUAUUGGGCUAGCAGAAGAGGAGGAAGUACUAACAAUCAAAGUGAAGCCAGGAUGGACAAAAGGUACAAAGAUAACAUUUGAAGGCAAAGGUAAUGAGAGGCUAGGCACUUCCCCAGCAGACGUAAUCUUCGUGAUCGGAGAAAAACGACACCCUCUAUUCAAGAGAGACGGCGACGAUUUGGAGUUGGCAGUAGAAAUCCCAUUGGUAAAAGCUCUAACAGGUUGCACUAUUUCCAUAUCUUUGUUGGGUGGGGAGAAGAUGAGUUUAACCGUGGAUGAUAUUAUUUGUCCUGGUUAUGAAAAGAUUAUAGCAGGACAAGGUAUGCCUAAGCCCAAAGAGGAAGGGACCAGAGGGAACUUGAUUGUCACUUUCUUAGUAGCAUUUCCAACUGAACUUACGGAGGAACAGAAGUCUGAUGUAUUCAGGAUUUUAGAAGAUUCAUGUUGAGGGAAACUAAUUUGGUUUUUUUUGGUGGGCUUGAUUUGCAAUUAGAUGUACCAUACCAAGUAAAACAAGGUAUUAGAAUGAUGCAGGUUGUUAAAAUGGUGCUUGGUUUUCUCUUAACAAAAGAAAGGAGCUUCUUCACAAGUGUUCCAGAACUAUUGAGACUCUUACCAAUAGAUUUGCAUGUUCUAGGUUUCUUCUUCUGGAUUAGUUAGAAGAAUUUUCUUUUAUAAUCAGCUAAUACUAUUCUAUUAAAACAUUAAUAGGCAUUGUAUGCAAGAAAUAGUGUAUGCAGUGGUUAGACCAUCCCCAGUAACAAGCCCUAUAGCCAUCCUGAUCAGAAUAGCCAACUAGUAAGCAUUAGAUGAUUAACCUCAAUAUGUUGAUGAAUUUGUAUCCAAACUGUGGAUCAUAUUAGCAAUGUCAGACACAGUAGGCACAGCGCAGUAAACUAUAAUAAAAAUAAAAUUUAACAACUAAAACUCUAUUAUUGAUAAUAAUUAAACAAUGUUAACAUUUAUACAAGAAAAAUAAAUAUGUAGUAACUUCCCGGAUAUACGAAAUUUAACAAAAGAAGUGACUUGAAAAUGUUUAUGCCUCCAGGUGGAAACACUGUGAUCACCUACUUCUAGGAUAAUAUCCAGCGACUGGAAAGCUAUAAGAAUGGCAGUGGGCUCAGACCAGAAAAUCCGAGCUUCAAAUUUUAAAUGAACAUUUACCACCCAAACAGAGCACGAAUGAGCCCGAGUAUAUUGCCAUUUAA